AUGUUCGAGAAUAUCGUCACCCCCCAGCUGACGAGCCGGCCGCAGCGCCCUACCCCCACCUUCGGCCCCUUGGCCACCAGCAACAUCAUCGACAUCCGGACGGACAUGAGCGAGACCCAGCUCCGACAGUCGCUACGGGACUCCGUGCACGCCACGUGCCAUGGACAGGCCGCCAUGCCCGACUUGCUCCUCUGGGACGAACAGGGGCUGCGCCUGUUCGAGGACGUGACCUUCUCCCCGGCCUAUUAUCUGACCAAUGAGGAGAUCGGGCUGCUGGAGAAGCACAGAUACCAGAUCGCGGAGCAUAUCCCGUCCGGAAGCAUGCUAGUUGAAUUGGGUAGUGGCAACCUCCGCAAGGUGAAGAUCCUCCUCGACGCACUCGACGAGCUAGGCCGCGAGGUCGACUACUUCGCCCUGGACGUCUCCCUCGCCGAGCUGCAGCGCACCCUGAGCAUGGUUCCGCCGGGCAUCUUCCGGCACGUGCGGUGUUUCGGGCUGCUGGGGACCUACGACGACGGCCGCGAGUGGCUGCAGCGAUCGGACCUCCGCUCCCGGCCGAAGACCAUCCUGUCUCUGGGCUCGACGCUGGGGAGUUUUCCCCGGGCGGACGCCGCCGGGUUUCUGGCCAGUUUCGUGCACGCAGAUGCUGGCACGGGAAGCAGCCCGUCGUUUUUGAUCGGGCUGGACGGAUGUAAAGAGCCGGCACGGGUGCUGGCGGCGUACAAUGAUCCCGAGGGAGUGAAUCGUCGGUUCAUCAAGCAUGGGCUGGAGCGGGCGAAUGAGAUCCUCGAGCACGAGGCGUUUGCGCUCGAUCGCUGGGAUGUGGAAGGGCAGUGGAACGUGGAGAACGGCAGCCACGAUCAGUUCUAUGUUUCUACGAAGGAGGUGGGUCUGAUCAACGAGAAACUCCCCGCGGGGACGCGCAUCCGAGCGGUGCAAAGCCACAAGUACGAUGGCGAUGAUCGGAUGGCGCUCUUUGGGGGGGCCGGGUUAGAGGAGGUCGAUGCGUGGGCAUCGGGGAGUCAGUAUCAUAUAUCCGUACCUAAUGUGACGAUUCUCCUGCGCAUCUUAUGA